UCUUCAGUUAAAAAGUGAAACACAGGGGAAACGGAAGUAGUAUCUUGUUAGAAUUUAAUAUGGAAUAAUUAAAAUUAAGUGUAAAAAAAAUCAUUAGAUGUAAAUAUUUUAAAGUGUGUAGAUAAGUAUAAAAAAUAGGUCAAAUAAAUUUAAUGUCUACCAAUAUCAAAAUGCAAGAAAAAGGUGAAACCAUAACGGCACUGAAGGGUUCAACAUGUUCACAGUGGCUUACAGCAAUUCUAGUAAAUGGAGUCAUGUUCAUAUAUGGGGUGGGGGCCGGGUGGGGUUCCCCCAUGGGCAAGGUUCUUCAGGGCCCAGACACGCCGAUGGACAAGCCCAUCACUGCUGAGGAGCUAUCCUGGUGCGUCAGCAUCGUGGCUUUAACUGCUGGCUUCAUCUCGCCUUUCUACUCUAUGUUGGCCGACAAAUAUGGCAGACGAACCGCUUUGAUCCUCGUCAGUUUUGUGCAAUUGGUAGCAUGGACCAUGACAUUCUUCUCGACCACUGGAUGGCAUCUGAUCGUAUCAAGGGCUGUGUGUGGUAUAGCCAAUGCUGGCGCUUACGUCAUUACCCCAAUGUACAUCAGAGAAAUCAGCGAAGACCACAUAAGAGGAAGUUUAGGAUCCUUGGUCAGCCUGUUGCAAAAUAUUGGAAUACUGAGCAUGUUUGUAAUGGGGACGUAUCUAAACUACAAUUUAACACUUUGGAUCAUUGUUCCUCUUCCCUUGCUGCUCAUGUUGGCAUUGUUCAAAGCGCCUGAGUCACCGUCGUUCCUGGCUAAACAAGGGAAGACCAAGGAAUUAACUGCAACAGUUGCAUACCUGAGAGGUUUGAGCAAAGAUAGUGCGGGCACUCAAGCUGAAGUGAAGAACCUAAUGAAUGGAGCUGAAUAUUUCAAAUCAUUGCCCGAUAUAACGUUAUAUUCUAUAGUGAAGAACAGAGUGUACCGUAAAAUCAUCGCUUUGGUGGUCACCAUGUUAACGGUUCAGGCGUUAAGCGGCAAUUUUGCCGUGAUAUCGUAUGCUGCCAUCAUCAUGGCGGAAUUCAAAGUGACCAUCAACCCUGACCUGCAGACCAUGAGUUUCCCAGUCGUCAUGAUAGCUGGCGCCAUGGUGUCCAUGACAUUUGUGGAGAGAUUCGGAAGACGGCCGCUGAUGGUCACGACAGCGACCACCAGCUCGCUCUGCUUCGUGACCCUGGGCACGAUCAUGAUGCUGCAACAGAACGGCUACUCGGUGCCCGGCUGGCUGCCCGGUGUUGUCAUCAUCGUGUCGGUGUUCUCUUACUCGUCCGGAGUGGCGCCUCUGCCCUAUGUGGUUAUGGCGGAAAGUCUCAACUUUCAGAUACGAUCCAGGGUGAUGGGCUACAUGCUCUGCUACGGGUGGUUGAUGUCCUUCGUCCAGCUGAAGACCUUCGCUCCGGUGUCCAUGAUGCUAGGAAUGCAUUCUACGUUCUUCCUCUUCGCGGUCAUUAACAUCGUGGGGGCUAUUGUCAGUGUGCUGUUCCUUCCAGAAACCAAGGGCAAGACCACGGAACAAAUUGAAGAGUCUUUUAGAAAUAAAUGAGUUUUUGAUACAA